AUGGAGGGUUUAGAAAAAAGCAAUCCUUUCUUUGGAGAAUCUUCUCAAUGUGGACGUUCUUUUCUUUAUGAAUCAGAGCGAAUUUCGACAUUAAAUAAGACGGAUGAAGAUUCAACAGAAAUAAAUUCUUGCAAAAUGGAAGAGGCUAUGUGUUGUCAUAUACACUCUAUUCUAAACAGUGUUCAUGAGGAUCCGUUUAUUUCUAUUGUAGAUACGGAAAAAAUAGGUGAAAAUGCAGGUAGACGAUUUAUCACAUAUAAGAUACGUAUUAAGAAUCUUGAAGUACGUCGGCGUUAUUCUGAAUUUGAAUCGCUCAGAAAAUCACUUUCACGAUUAUUUCCAACAUUAAUUGUGCCUCCAAUUCCAGAAAAACAUAGUAUAUAUCUAACAAUUCCGUUGUCUAGUGUUAAGAAAGAUGCAAAUUUCAUUACUCAAAGAAAAAGAAUGUUACAGGUUUUUCUUAAUCGUUGUGCUUUUCAUCCUAUUUUGAAAAGAAGCCAUGUUUUUCAUUGUUUUUUAAAUGAGGAUAUAUCGUGGUCACAAGUUCUAGAAUCACCACCAAUUUCCUUGUUGCCACAAAGUGUUCUUAUGGCCCCUCCUUUAAACCCCUGUUCUUCUAUAAACAGUACUAUUUACCAGUGUCUUCCCAUACCGCCUUCAGGUGCAAAACUAUCAAAUAUCCACAAUAGAGAUGAAAUACAUGAAUUGGGAGCAGCUUAUAAUAUUCUUUCAAUAUCUGAAAUAGGCGAAUUGGCAAGUGGGAUUGAGCGUUUUGGAUUAGCUAAUGAUUUGAACUGUCACUCUAAUAAUGAACUAGUUAAAAAUUUGGAUUUUGUAUUAUCAGAACCGUUAAAAGAAUUUACACAAUUUCAUGAAGUUGCUAGGUCUAGAUUGAAAUAUAGACGUCAAAAAGUUCUACAAUAUGAAAUUGUUGUAAAUAUACUAAAUCAGAACAAAAAUAUCUUAGAUGCUCUUGAAAAAUCUGAGAUGGAAGCACAAAAAAUAGAAUCUUCUUUAGCAAGACUUAAUAAUAGUGAAUCUAAUUUGUCUACUUUAAAUUCUGAUGAACCCAAUGAACAUGAACAAACUAAACAAAUUAUACCGACUUUUAUUGAAAAAAUAACAGGUGUUUUAAAAGGCAUGAUUGACGUAGAUUCUACAACUAGAAAAAAAAAUAUUGAGAAAAUAUAUGAGAAAAUUUCUCAGUUAGAAAAUGCUCUUAAAAUUACAAAAAAAGAUUCCAAUAUUGUCGGUCAAGCUAUAAUAGAAGAAUUUGAGAGAUUUCAUAGUUUUAUUAGAAAAGAUUAUUGCGAAUUAAUGAUUAAUAUUGGAAAAUGCUAUAUAGAAUGGGCUAAGAAAAAUAUUAAAAUUUGGGAAGAUGCUAAAUGUUUAAUUUAA